GCUUUCCAAAUUGUCCUGGAGCUAUAUUUGUGUUCAGCACAGCAGGUGACAUUAGAACAGCAGAGCAGUUGGCUUCUUCCUCAAUAUUGAAACAUUUUAAAGGGGUAUAAGUUGUUUUCUACUGUAGCAGUUUAUUAGCUGUAUGUUUUGCAGACAGGAAUAUAAACAAACAUUGAUUGCACUGUUGAAGGUGUCACUUUUUGUUGCUGCAUACUGUAUUUUUUUACAGCAGUAAUUAUUGUUUGUUUUACUCCACCACUGAACCACUGCUAUUGUAAUUGCAUAGCCGAUGUGAAAGUGUGAGGAAAAUUUUUUGUUGCUGUUUUAAGAUGGCAAAAAACAUGAUCAAGAAGUGAUGCAUAGUAAAAAAAAAAAAAAAAACAGCACUUUAGUUCAAUUUACUGCCAAGUGCCUAGAAGGAAUAAAGUCAAAUGCUUUUUGUAGGACCAUACUGAAUUCCAUUUUUUCCCUUCGCUUAUUUGUAUCAUGUUGAAUUGCAUCAUAUCGCAAGAAAUUGCAUCAUAUCAUAUAGGAUUGCAUUGAUUUGAACUAAAUGAUUAUCGCAUCAUAUCGUGAAGAAGGUGAAUCGUAUCGCAUCACCAGACAAUUCAAUGUAUCGUUAAAGUAUGGUAUCACUGGCAGUGUAUCGAGAUGUGUAUUGAAUCGUCCUCAGUGCUGAGAUUCACACCCCUAGUGUGUACCAUACCAACAAAGAACCCAGUAUGGUUCAGAGGGUGGCUAUAAUUGGUGCCGGGAUUUCGGGUCUGACCAGCAUCAAGGCCUGUUUGGAAGAAGGUCUGGUGCCCACCUGCUUCGAGAGCAGCCAUGACAUUGGUGGCCUAUGGAGGUUUAAGGAGGAGCCAGAGCCAGGGCGAGCCAACAUCUACCAGUCAGUGGUCAUCAACAGUUCCAAAGAGAUGAUGGCCUUCAGCGACUUCCCUCCUCCUGCCCACUUCCCAAACAACAUGCAUCACUCUGAGGUGAUGCUCUACCUGAGACUCUAUGCUCAGACCUUCAGGCUGCUGCAGCACAUCCGCUUGCAGACUGCUGUGGUCAGCGUGAGGCAGACUCCAGAUUUUGCCACCACUGGUCAGUGGGAGGUGGAGACCGAGAAACGUGACGGUCCGAGGCAGACUCACAUUUUUGAUGCUGUCAUGGUUUGCACAGGACACUAUACCACGCCUCACCUGCCGCUCAAAGACUUCCCAGGAAUAGAGAGCUUUGAAGGCAAGUAUUUCCACAGCUGGGAGUACCGCAGCUUUGAGGGUCUGCAGGGGAAACGGGUGGUGGUGAUCGGGAUCGGGAACUCAGGAGGCGACAUCGCUGUGGAUGUCAGCAAAGUGGCUGAGAAGGUGUUUUUUAGCACUAGGAGUGGAGCAUGGGUUAUGACCCGUUUGGGGCUCGGUGGCCUCCCACGGGACCUUUUGAUGAACUCUCGGAUAGACGCGAUGAAAAGGAGGCUCUUUCCGAGGUGGAUCAACUGGAUGACUGAGAGGAAGCUCAAUCAAACAUUUGAUCACACACUCUAUGGACUCAAACCAAAACACAGCUUCCUUUCUCAGAGAGUUGUCGUGAACGAUGACCUGCCGAUUCGCAUCAUAACAGGUCACGUACAGAUGAAGCCAAAUGUGAAACGUUUCUCUGGUUCAGCUGUGCUGUUUGACGACGGGAGCAUCGUGGACAAGGUGGACGUGGUGGUGUUUGCCACAGGCUACAGCUGCAGCUUCUCCUUCCUGCCCGCCACUCUUCAAAGCAAAUGUGGCAGACAUCGUCUCUACAGGCGCGUGAUUCCACUAGGCCACGCCCCGCAUACGCUGGCAGUGGUGGGCUUGAUCGACGGCCGCGCCGCCAUCACCGGACUGUCUGAAAUGCAGGCUCGCUGGAGCACGAGGGUCUUUAAAGGUUUAAUAAGCCUUCCCUCAGAAGAAACCAUGACAGAGGAACUUGAGAAAGAAAUGGAUGUGCGUCAAAACUUCACCUAUGAAAACAAGAACCCCCUCCAUGUGGACGUCAUCCCUUACCGGGACUCACUAGCCAAGCAAGUGGGGGCUUUACCAAACCUUUGGUGGCUCCUCCUGACGGACCCGAGGCUGGCAUUCCACAUAUUCCUGGGCCCGUGUACUUCUUACCAGUACCGCCUGACGGGGCCAGGAAAGUGGGACGGAGCCCGACAGGCCAUUCUCACUCAGUGGGAGCGUGUCUUUCAGCCUUUUCAGACCCGAAAAGCGGCACCAGAGCGCAAAAGCAGAUGUUCUCCUCAAGGACUUGGCAUCAUCAUGGUGGUUUUCUCAGGCGCUGCUCUGUUGACCUGCUGCUUCUAUAAGUUAGGUAAUGUUUCAUCUUGUUGCUCUUGAUGGGCUGUUGUUUUCAACACAAUUUUUAAUCAGCGUCAACAUUUUUAAUUAAAUGCACCUUAUGCUAAUCA